GUAAACAGUUCUUUUCUACUUUCUUCUUUUCUCAACAUAACACAGCAUGCAAAGCUGCUACUGAUGCCCUGUUUUUCACUUUGCAUUUCCAGUCAACAAAAAAGCUCUCAUCUUCAAUUCUUCACUUUUCCUCUCUGCUCUGCUCUGCUAAUGGAGUUCAAUCUGGAAAACCCAUUCACCAGCUUCAACGACCACCACCUCGACGCCGUUCCGGCUCUCUUCGCCGGCGAAUCCGAUCACAUGCCUUCCCUCCUCUCCUUCAACGACGACCAAAUUUCCUUCUCCAUCCGCCGCGAAGCUUUUUCUCUCACUUACCGAACCCAAUUUGUUUACAAGUUCGACCGAUCUAUAGCCUAUCUAGCUAUGAACUACAUCGACCGAUUCCUCUCCAGACAAGCAGUUCUUGAAAACAAACCUUGGGUUGUACGAAUCCUCGUAAUUUCAUGCCUCUCGCUCGCGGCGAAAAUGAGAUGCAUCGAUUUAUGUCUCUCUGAUAUUCAGAGAGAUGAAGGUUUGGUGUUUGAUUCCCAAUCGGUUCAUCGGAUGGAAGGGAUGAUUCUGAGCUGUCUGAAAUGGCGAUUGAGAUCCAUCACGCCAUUUUCGUUUCUGCAUUUCUUUACUUCCUUGUACCCGCUGGAGGAUCCCUCCAUAGCCCAGUCUCUCAUUCAUCGAGCUUCAACUAUCAUCUUCACUUCUCAAUACGAUAUCAAGCUGUUUGAGUACAACCCAUCAGUAAUUGCAGCAUCCGCGCUUCUCUAUGUAGCUGAAAAGUUGAUCCCGAUGCAAUUUUUGUCGUUUAAGAAUGCAAUUUUCCGAUGUGAAUAUGUAAAAAGUGAUGAAAUUUUGAACUGUUUAAGUGUAAUGCGAGAAACGGUGACAAGAGGGAUUGAGUCAAGUAUAGAUGCAAUGUCUGAUUGUUCAUUGACGCCGAGAAGUGUUCUUCGCCGGGAGAGUGGUAUGAUGCCGGAGAGAGACGGUGACAUGAAGCGUCGGAGAUUGAAUAAAUUUUGCGACGACCGAGAAUAUUGUUGAGUCUUAUAUUAACCUUCAAAUUUGAAUAGCAUGCAAGAAAAUGAAAUCCCAAAGUGUACAUUUUGCUUUCACAUUUACACGCACAAUCCUCUCCUCCUGUCCAAAGAUUGAGAUACUUAUGGCCUACCAUUGAUAUAGUUCUUAAAUAUUUUUAACUUACCUCA